GUCGCCAAGCCACAGAGUUUUGCCGCCGUCAGCCUGCGAGCCGAGGGCUCGUCGCGGUGGCUGCGGGUCGAUGCUGUGUCAGGAAAGCUGGACCAGCCGGACGCUCUGCCGCUGCCGCUCAAAACGACGAGCUGCGUGGUCAAGGGCGUCGACCCGAAGGCCACGUACGUCGCGCGCGUCCGCCUCGGGAACCAGUCUGGCUGGGGCCCCGACUCGCCCGCCAGAAAGUCGCUGACGCUGGCCUCCCUCCUUCCGACUGCUCCUUCUGCUCCCGCCGCACCGCUUCUCGAGGCGGUUGACAAGACGAGCCUGCGCGUGCACUUCUCGCCGCCGCCAGUCCGACCGGGCGCACCGGCACAUGAAUCUGUGACGGUUCAUGUCAAGGCCGGCGACGGAGCGUGGCAGGCUGUGGACGCCACGUCGUCAACUCUCAUAUCUUCGAAUGGCUCUGGCACGGCCCACUGGGCAGACUCGCGGGUUGCUCUCGUCAAGGGGCUGGCAGAGGGUCUGAGCUACCGCGCCCAGGUCAAUGUGAAGAAUGCCUGCGGCUGGGGUGCCUUCUCCCCCGUCAGCGAGCCGCUUACCCUCGGCGCGGCGGCAUUCAAGCCGAUCGCCUCUGCCGCACCGCUUCUCGAGGCGGUGGACUCGACGAGCUUGCGCGUGCACUUCUCGCCGCCGCCAGUCCGACCGGGCGCACCGGCACAUGAAUCUGUGACGGUUUAUGUCGGCGUCGGAGGCGCGUGGCAGACUGUGGACGCCGCGUCAUCGACUCUCAAGCCGGGCGUGGCCUUCCGGGCAGGCGUCGGGUUUGCUCUCGUCAAGGGGCUGUCCGAGGGUGUGACCUACCGCGCCAAGGUCAGCGUGAGGAACAUCCACGGCUGGGGUGCUCAUUCGCCGUCCAGCGAGCCGCUGCAGCUGCCGGAGCCAGCGUCACCAGUGUCGGGGCCAGCGUCAUCAGUGUCGGGGCCAGUGUCGGGGCCAGCGUCACCAGAAGUGGAGGUCACGGGCAGCAAGUCGCGAGAGGAGCGCGACGCUGAGCUCCGCAAGCGCUCGGUGGACGUCGACGCGGAGGUCGUGGACCUUGACGCCCCGCGCUACCCCAAGCGGUCGAAGAAGGAGAGCUAGACAGUCGUGCUCGCAUCGAGAUCGAUGUCAGUCCGGCAGUGCGCUCUUCGAGCAGCGCCCAGUGAGGAGCGGAUGCAUGCCCGGCGACAUUCUACGUCCUUUGUACUCUACGUCUCGGGAGAGGCGAUACGUGUUCCUGCCUCUUUCAUCUCUUCGUGUGGUGUGUCUGUCUUAGGUUUACGCGCAACGUACGGUACACAGAGAUAGACGUG